UUCCCGUCCCGGCUCCUCCCGCCUGCAGCCGCAGUGACAGGCGAGCCGGGCCCGGUGGCGGAGAGGAAGUGCGGGGCCGCCGCGCCGAGCCUGUCCCCGCCGAGACCGGCUCACCGGGGCGGCUCGGGUGACAGUGUCGCGGCCGUCGGGCGCAGGGCGGGGCACGCGCCGGGCAGAGCCGAGCGCCAGGCGGACGCUUCAGCAGAGACGUGGGGAAAAUGGCUGAUGACUUUGGCUUCUUCUCGUCGACGGAGAGCGGGGCCCCCGAGGCGGCCGAGGAGGACCCGGCGGCUGCCUUCCUGGCCCAGCAGGAGAGUGAAAUCGCGGGCAUAGAGAAUGACGAGGGCUUCGGGGCACCUGCUGGCAGCCAGGCAGCCCUCACGCAGCCAGGACCCGCGAGUGGGGCUGGUUCUGAGGACAUGGGGACCACAGUCAAUGGUGAUGUGUAUCAGGAGGCUAAUGGUCCAGCUGAUGGCUACGCUGCAAUUGCCCAGGUUGACAGGCUGACGCAGGAACCCGAGAGCAUCCGCAAAUGGAGAGAGGAGCAGCGGAAACGGCUGCAAGAGCUGGAUGCUGCCUCCAAAGUGAUGGAACAGGAGUGGAGGGAGAAGGCCAAGAAGGACCUGGAGGAAUGGAACCAGCGCCAGAGUGAACAAGUUGAGAAGAACAAGAUCAACAACCGGGCAUCUGAGGAGGCUUUUGUGAAGGAAUCCAAGGAGGAGACCCCAGGUACAGAGUGGGAGAAGGUGGCCCAGCUGUGUGACUUCAACCCCAAGAGCAGCAAGCAGUGCAAAGACGUGUCCCGCCUGCGCUCGGUGCUCAUGUCCCUGAAGCAGACGCCGCUCUCCCGCUAGGAGCCUGCCACCAACAUGGCCACCAAACAGGAGCCGGGCCGGGCAGAGGAGGAGCAGCUGCUUUGGCCACAGGGGGGAAAUGCCUCCAGCAGCUGCUGCACAGCCUAUUCCGUCCCUCGCCAUCUCCCGGGGCCGGGAAGGGGAACCCUCACCCCUCUCAACUGUCAUUCCCUCACGGCCCUACGGCCCAGCCCCUCACAUCUCUCGGUUCACAAAAUUGUGACUGUCCCUCCUGAUGUAUUUUUUUUUCUUGGCUUAAAGGGUGUGUUGUUAA